GUUACCCAGAACUCCUUCACGCUCGUCGACCUGCAGGCCUGACACUUUCUACCGUGCCUUCCCUUUCUUCCUUCAAUCCUCUUCCAUUGAAUUAUCUCUCCAGAAUAUCAGCUACCAAUGCUCAUUAUGGUUAUGAUUUUAUAAUUGUAUCGACUCCCGCCAUUGCACCCGAUCCCUGGUCAAUGAUCACAAGGGAUGCCUCUCAAUGACGGUCCGGUAGUUGGAGUAUAACGCGGGGAAAAACUAAAAUUGAGGGAGUAAAAGCGGGGUUGUCUCCAUUUCCUGGAAAUAGUGUGGACGUCGCCCUUAGAAUGAGAGGAUACAUCUUUUGGGUUGGAUUAUUUGCAGGAUUAGGUUCCUUUAUAUUUGGAUAUGACACCGGAAUCAUCACAACGAGUAUCGCUCAUGAUAGUUUCAAAACUUACAUGAAAAACCCAAACGCAGCAGCGACAGGCGCCAUCGUUGCGACGUACAUUGCUGGAGAAGCUAUAGGUGCCCUUAUGCAAAUGCUAGUAGGGGACAAAUUGGGCAGGAAAGGGUUUAUGGAGAUGAUGUGUGUUGUGGUCACAAUCGGGACAGUCAUCCAAACCGCCGCUCAGAACUAUGCAAUGUUUCUCGUUGGAAGAAUUUUAACAGGCAUAGCCGUCGGUGGCCUGAUAGGAACGGUUCCAAUAUACAACUCAGAGAUAUCACCUCCGCAAUCCCGUGGUGUAAUUGGCGGCCUCUCAGGAUACAUGAUUGGCGUGGGCACUUGUGUCGCUAAUUGGAUAGGCUACCUAUGCGGUUUUGCUUCCAGUCGUACCUCGUUCCAAUGGCGUUUUCCUCUCGCUUUGCAAGUUCCCCCAGGAGUGAUUUUAAUUUUUGGGUUACGGUUCAUACUUCCUGACUCUCCACGAUGGUUAAUUCAAAAAGGGAGAGAUGAAGAGGCAAGAAGGGCGUUUGCAACGAUAAGAGGAGACUUGGCAGAUGAGGAACUACAAAAGGAGUUCGAUGAUAUGAGGGAGCAGAUUUUGUAUGAGAAGACAAUCGAAAUAACUUCGCUGAAAGAAGCUUGGGCGAAGUACAGAAGGCGUGUCGCUGUUGCUGUGUUCGUGCAGACCAUGACGGCCCUUACGGGUGUGAAUGUUAUCAAUUAUUACCAAACAAUUCUCUACACAUCCCUUGGCGUGGCAGGGCAAAACAUUCUGCUACUGGCAGCGAUCUAUGGCACCGUUGGCUUCCUAAUGAACUCCAUAUCACUCCAACUCCUCGACCGAUUCGGACGUGUGAAGAUGUUACUUUAUGGCACUGCCAUACUGGUGGUGGAUUUGGUUUACUCGGCUGUCAUGGCAAGGCUCUUUGGAGGUGGUAGUAACAAAAUUGGUGUUGGAUUUGCUGUGUUGGGUAUCUACCUAUACACCGCGAUCUACUAUCUAUUCAUAAACUGUACGACAUGGUUGUACGGGGUGGAAGUCUUACCUCUUUUCUUGAGAAGCAAGAUAACGGGCCUCGCAGCUUUAACCCACUUCAUCGUUAACAUCGGCGUUACGCAGGCCGGCCCUAGUGCGUUCGCCAACAUCGGUGAAAACUACUAUUAUGUAUUCGUGGUAAUGACAACGAUCUAUUUCCUCGGUAUCUUUUUCUUUUUCCCCGAAACCAAAGGCAAAACACUUGAAAUGAUUGCGGCAGACUUUGGCGAUGAGGUUGUUGUUAGUGAUCAUGAUCAUAGUACGACGGGUGGUGCGAGAGGAAGUGGGGAAUUUGAGGAUAGGAAGGUUUGAGGGAUGGAGAAUGUUUACAAUGAAUUGAAUCAACUCGGCCUGUAGGCGCGUGUACGAUAGCUUUGGAUGUCACACUAUGGUCACAUCUCCAAAUUCUCAACAUGUUGUGUAAUUAGACGCAGAGAAAGGAAUUAGAAGGUCACCGACUUGACGUUUUCCUGAAGGCGGAGUGUUUUGUUUUAUCGGG